AACAAUAACGGAGUUCAUCUGGCUGUGAUCCGAUCCGUCAGGCCUAAGCCAUGUGUAUCAGCGGGGGACUGUUUUGUCAUAUCUGGUCGUGGAGGAGGUAGUGGCCUUUCUAAGCCUUUGCCAGGUGUACGCUCUCCUCCUGCUGUCCCAAGGGAGGCGGAGCCUGGCGCUCCUCUCAUUUCCCUGGCAAAUGCUGUCUCCAGUUCCCCCUUCUAGUCACAAGUCAUACAGAUCUCUGGAACACAAGCAGCAAGCAGACAUGGGAUCUGUGGCAGCCGUCAUGAAUCUGCUCCUAUGUGCCAUGCCAAUCAUCUCAGGCGCUAACAGAGAGCUCAUUUCGGUGCCUUCGGUCGUGCAUGGGAUCAAAGGCAAGCCGCUCUCCAUAGCAGUGGAAACAAAAUUUGAUGAAGAAGGAGUGCAGUUCCAAGGUACCUGGUUUCAGCUCAGCCCUAAAUCUAAUCAUCUGGUGACGUUUGAUAAGAACAGAGCAAUCCAUAACAUGCUCCUGAAGGAAACAGUGGUGCGCAUCACUCCUCCCAUCGUCUCUCUGAACUUUACAAGUUUGGAAGACGCAGAUGAGGGAGACUACCAGCUAACAAUCAACAUCAUCCAUACUCGUCAUAAUAAAUCAGAGACUGUUACCAAGAAUGUGCGGAUUACAGUCAACGUUCCUCUUUCCAUCCCUGUGGUUGAGAAAAGCUCUAAAGGCCCACUUGUGGAAGACCAGGACAACAUUACUUUGACCUGCACUGUGGAGAAAGGAACUAAGCCGAAGUUUGAGUGGUUUAGAAACAACAAUCCAGUCAACCCAAGCAAGCGUCACAUGUUCUUGCAUAACAACAGCACCCUGUCCAUUAGCCCAGUGAAGAAGGAGGAUAUUGGCAUGUACAGCUGUGUGGUCAAAAACCCCAUCAGCAAUUUCCGAAGUAAAGUCAUGGAUCUCAGUAUAUACUAUGGCCCCUACAACCUGGAAGUAUACUGUGAACAGGGUCUGAGAACUGGCAAGGUGUUCACUGUACAUCAGGGUGAGAUGGUGUUUUUUGACUGUCUAGCCGACUCCAACCCUCCGAACACCUGUGUGUGGAUUUCCAGACGUGACAACGGCACAGAAGUGCUCAUGACCGGCCCACGCUUUGAGGUGGCUUCUCUCAAGCUGGGCCAUGCCACGGAGUUCUUGUGCAGGGCUUUUAACAACGUAACCAAUAAACAGGAUGAGACUCACUUCACACUUUUAGUGGCCAAUCUUGGCAAAGGCAGAGAAACUCUUGUCCAGGAGAAAACUGCAGUGUCCUUUUUAACCAUCAUCGUCUUCUCGUUACUCAUUAUUGUCUGCGUGCUAAUUGUGCUCUUCAGGAAGUCCUGCCGUCCAAAAAAAGUGUUCAUGAAAAUCUACAGCAGGCCUGUCCCAGAAGAGAAAGGUCUUCAUCGCUCAGGCCAUGAGGAUGCCACUGAGGAUUUUGGCAUCUAUGAGUUUGUUUCCGUACCUGGGAAAAUGGAGUCCAGGGAGGCAUCAUGCAGAUCUCUGACACGGCUCGAUUCAGCCCGAGAUUUGCAUACCACCAUCUAUGAUGUCAUCAAGCAUGUUCCUGAAACUCCAACACUGAGUUUGCUGAAGUGAGCGACAUGUUUCAUGGAAACAAACAGGAUUUAGGGAAGAAGUGUUUGUGCAAAGACUAAAAAAAAACACUCCAAAAAAAAAAAGCACUGGCGAUGCUGGUCAAUGCCAUCCUUUCUUUAUUUCUUCCUAGCAUCACGUGAAUGCAGUUUUACUCUUUUAAAAUUAGAUAAUAUAAGACCCUUAAUGAAGCAGGAAUCAUAAUUAUAAUCCAAUGAUACAUAAAGAUGAUAUUUAGAUAUUUAUUUACUAAAUAUUUCAUCAGGGUCUUCAGUUUUGUAUAUUGCAUUUCUUGCUUUUUGUUCCCGUUAUUUACCUGUCACUGACAUUCAGCUUUAGUGGUAUUACUGGAUAUCUGAAAAGCUUUACAAUAAUUAUGACAUGAUUUUGAUAUCUGUUUAUACAUUACUGGCUUAAUCGAUACCUGAGAGUAUUUAUCUAUUUAUAUAGCAAUAUCAAACGCAGACUAGCCACUGCUCCAUCUGUCAUGCAUGUAAAUAUAUGCAGGUUUUUUUUAUUCUAAUACUGUAUUUUUGCACACUGCAGUGUCAUUCUACCUGUGGAAUUCAGAUAUGCUCUGUAUAUUACAUUGCAGAUGCAAUUUGUUGCAAAUAUUCACAGUUUAUGAGGAAAAAAAACUCUUUAUUUUGAAAAUAAAGAUUUAUACCAGU